AUGGCGGGGGCCCGGGGCUGGCCCCAGGCGGGCAGCGGGGAGCGGGCUCUGGCCGAGCUGCUGCUCGCGUUCUCUCGGGCGCAGUAUCGGGCCAAGGACGGGGGCGGCGGCGGGGCCGGGAGCAGCGCGAAGGUGGAGAGGAUUGAGAAGCGCUGCUUGGAGCUGUUUGGCAGGGACUAUUGCUACAGCCUGAUCCAGAAUGUGAAUGGGGAAAUUUGUGGCCACUAUCCUCGGCAGAUUGUCUUCCUAGAGUACGAGAGCACUGACAGGGAGCGGAACAUGUUUGAGAGCACUGUGCAGGUCAGCAAACUGCAGGACCUCAUCAACCGCAGUAAAAUGGCCAGAUGUAGAGGACGAUUUGUCUGCCCAGUCAUUCUGUACAAGGGAAAGCAUGUUUGUAGGUCAGCGACCCUGGCUGGAUGGGGGGAACUGUAUGGACGUACUGGGUACAACUACAUUUUCUCAGGGGGCUCUGACGAUGCAUGGGCUGAUACCGAAGACCUUUCAGAAGAAGAUUCGGCGUUCAGGAAUGCAGAUUCCCAGUUGUUUGACAAGGUCCGAGGACAUGACAUCAAGCUGCUUCGAUACCUGUCUAUCAGAUAUAUCUGUGACCUAAUGGUGGAGAACAAGAAAGUGAAGUUUGGCUUAAAUGUGACGUCUUCCGAAAAAGUGGACAAAGCUCAGCGCUAUGCUGAUUUUACUCUCCUCUCCAUCCCAUAUCCAGGCUGUGAAUUUUUUAAGGAGUACAAAGACCGGGAUUACAGAGCUGAGGGUCUCGUAUUUAACUGGAAGCAGGAUUACGUAGAUGCUCCAUUAAGUAUCCCAGUGUCUCUGGCUCGGUCUUUGAACAUUGACUGGAGUGAGUACCAGAGCUGGGACCUGGUGCAACAGACACAGAACUACCUGAAGCUGCUGAUCUCACUCAUCAAUGGGGACGAUGACAGUGGGCUCCUGGUACACUGUAUAUCCGGCUGGGACCGAACCCCUCUCUUUGUCGCCCUCCUGCGCCUCUCCUUGUGGGCCGAUGGGCUUAUCCAUGCCUCGCUGGAGCCUGCAGAGAUUCUUUACCUGACAGUGGCCUAUGACUGGUUCCUUUUUGGGCACAUGUUGGUUGAUCGGCUCAGUAAAGGAGAAGAGAUUUUCUUUUUCUGUUUCAAUUUUCUGAAGCACAUCAGCUCUGAGGAGUUCUCUGCUGUGAAGCUGCAGAGGAGGAAGAGCCUGCUGCCUGGCUUCCCGGUGGAAGAAAUCUGCACGCCCAAGCAGAGGGAUCGGGGCAGCACCACGAGCCUGAGCAGUGACUUCUCCCUAGUGCUGGAGAGUUCACCAGGAGCAGCUGGGAGCUUCACCUCUGAGGCUGUGGAGCUGAUGCCAGCUGGCGCACAGACCCAGGCCGCUUGGAAGAAGAGCCGCACAUCCUGUCCCCAAACAGUGCUCUGGAGUUGGACCCCACAGCCUGAAGACAGACCGCCUUACCAUGAAGCAAAGUCCUCUAGCUCCUCCUCAAACCAUUCUGACAUCUUCCUGAGGGUUGGAAGCAGCCCACUGGAGGUCCCGAAACCCAGAUCAGUGGACCACUCCCUGCCUGGAUCCUCCGUUUCUUCAGACUUUGGCAGCUGGCAGAUGGUAACAGGGUGUGGCAGUAUUCAGGAGCAUGCAAUCCUGAGCACAGACGCCGCUCUCCCUGGCAGCUUCCCGGAUGAGCUCCCUAGCAGUCGCCUGCUGGUGCCAGUGGCAGGCCGCGAGUCCCGGCUGGAGGAGGUGCGCUCUGCUUUCCUAGCCACCUACAGCAGCACCAUUGGCCUGAAGGCUGUGGCAUCCAGCCCCUCUGGAGCCCUUGGGGGCCUGCUGGAGCAGUUUGCACGGGGUGUUGGACUGAGAGGAAGCAGUAGCACCCUCUGAACAUGUUGCACACCUUGGACUGGCUCCUAUGUGUGUCCAGCUGCUGAAGGAAGCUAAAAGCCAUGCGAGUGCCAGAGCUGCCCCGUGGGUUUGUCCUGCAGCUGGGGCCUGGCCCAGAGCCAGCAGGGGCUCCUCCCCCAUGCCAGCCCUGACUGGCUGUGACAGAUCUUUUCAGUAAAGGCAUCUGCACCACU